GCGGAAUGCGGGGGGCGGGGGGGGGGGCAGGCGGAAGGCAAUGCGCAGGCGCGGCGUUGCCGUUGCUAGGGCCGCGUCGCGCCCACCUGAGUGGCCGAAGUGAGGUUCGCGUGUCUCUGGGUCGCGACGGGAAGGAGUGAAACACCUCUCUGCGCCUGCGCGCUCCGUGCCUGCGAAGCAAACCCGGCCUCACCUUUUCCUGCCCGAAGCAGAAGAUUAUCGCAGUUCUGGUUUCUCCCUCCAGAAGACCCCCCCCUCCCCCAGUCCUCUGUAGCUCCUGGUAGUGCCCUGACCCCUGCUGCCACCGUCCUUCAGAGAGCAACGGAAGAGCUUCCGGGAGGGCGAGGAAAAGAGGGAAAGUAGCCAGCAAUGUCGAACGCAAUGUAUAAUAAGAUGUGGCAUCAGACCCAAGAAGCCCUCAGUGCUUUACUCGAUAAAGAGCCUCAGAAGAUGAUUGAACCACAAAGAAAUCAGGUUUUCAUCUUUCAAACAUUAGCCACCUUCUACGUAAAGUAUGUGCAGAUCUUUAGAAACCUAGAGAAUGUCUACGACCAGUUCGUCCACCCCCAGAAACGAAUACUGAUCAGGAAAGUCCUGGACGGGGUGAUGGGCCGCAUCCUGGAGCUGAAGAACGAGAUGGUGGAGCUGGAACUCACGGAGUUCCAUUAUUUCGAUGAUAUCCUGCAGGAUCUCAAGCUGGCCCCCCAACAAUUAGAUAUUCCCAUACCCAAGUAUUUUUUGAAGGAGAAGUUGGAAGUAAUAAAAGGAAGAGAGAAAAUUCUUGCUCAGAUAUUAGCGGACAGCGGAAUAGAUACAUCUGACAUGAAAUACCCUGUAAAGAGUAUCCCUUUCGAUGAGGCUGUUAAAUUAAUCCAGAUUGCUGAGAGGGCACGGCAAGGUCGCCUAAGGGCGUUAUUCAUGAAGCAAAUCUAUCUGCAAGAAUAUAGAGCAAAGCAAUCCAAGAUGCUUGGCAAGAAAGUGACAGAUACCUGGGCUGCUGCACUCCGCAUUCAGAAGGUUUGGCGACGUUUCCAUCAAUGUAAGGAAACUGAAAAACUGAGAGAAGAGGAGAUGAUCUUCCUGGGUAUGAAUCCACCUCCUCUCUUUAAUGAAGUCAGUGCUACAGUAAUCCAGGCUGAAAAGGUGGACCACCUGCGGAAUGAGGUGCAGAGAAAGCAUGAAGAGGACUACAGGGAAGCCCUGGUUACCAUCAAGAAUGACCUAAAGUUGAUAGAAGGCGUGGAUAUCAAGGAGAACCUUCAAGACCAGAUCCGGCAUUGGUUCAUCGAAUGCAGAAAUUUAACCGGGACAUUUCCUGACUACCCUGACGUUGAAGAAGGAGGGUCAGCUAUUAUUUUUUCUGACAAGACCAUACAACAGGUUAUUGAGGAUAUCAUUGCAAACCAAGAGGAAGAAGAAAAAAACAAAAAGAAGAAGAAGAAAAAGGAAAAACAACCCAAGAAAGCCAAAAAACAAAAGAAAGGAACAAAGGAGAAAAAUAAGGAAGAAGAUGAAAAAUGGAAAAUGUCACCAAGUCUUUUUCUUCCUGCAAUGAAGGAAGGAUGUAACGCAUACAAAGAAAUCUGGAUGAAAAAAGAUGAGUCUUGGAAUUUCUCUCAGGACUAUGAUCCAGAACUGAUCAAAGAGGAGAAACGGAAGGAAUUACAGUCAGAGAUCAGGAUACAGGUUGAUGAGUUGAUGAGACAGGAACUUAAAAACUUAAAGCUAGCUGUGGACAGAGAAAGGGAGCGCCCAGUGAAAGCAGGAAAGAAAAAGGACAAGAAGAAAGGAAAGAAAGGCAAAAAGAAAGAGAAGGCAGAAAAGAAGGAUAAAGAUCUGACAGCUGACAGGACCAUUGAGUCUCUGUAUAAGGAACUGGUGGAAGAAGGAUUACUGAUCCAGGCUCUGAAAGUCAACCUCUCUGAUUACAUUGGUGAGUACAGCUACCUGGGGACUACUCUUCGCCAGGUGUCCAUAGAACCCAUGCCCUCCCUCCUGGAUGUCAGACAGCUCAUCACAUUGUACGGAAUCUGGCCAUUAGGUUCUGCAGCAGUGCAUGAGAAAGCUCCUUUGGUGAAAUCGCUACUGUUAGCCGGGCCGUCUGGGGUAGGGAAGAAAAUGCUGGUCCAUGCCAUCUGCACCGAAACGGGAGCCAACCUCUUCAACUUGUCCUGCUCUAACAUUGCUGGGAAAUACCCUGGCAAAAAUGGCCUCCAAAUGAUGCUGCAUGCAGUCUUCAAGGUGGCUCGACAGCUCCAGCCCUCCGUGGUGUGGAUUGAAGACACAGAAAAAACCUUCUACAAAAAAGUUCCCAACGCAGAAAAGAUGAAUGAACCUAAACGCCUGAAAAAACACCUUCCCCAAAUCCUGAAACUCCUGAAACCAGAUGACCGGAUUCUGAUUGUGGGGACCACACGGCGUCCCUUCGAUGCUGAACUCCAAUCUUUCUGCAAAGUUUACCAGAAAAUUAUUUUGGUGCCCAGACCAGACUAUGCUUCCAGAUACGUUCUGUGGAAGCAAAUCAUUGAACGCAAUGGAGGAGUCCUCACCAGUGCCUUGAAUGUCAGCUGCCUGGCGAAGGUCACUGACGGCUUCACCCAAGGACAUAUAGUCGAAGUGGUUAAAGGCGUGCUCACAGAUCAGAGAAUCCGGCGGCAAAUUCAUAAACCUCUCACUGCAGUUGAGUUUAUUACAGCGAUAACCAGCAUGAAUCCAGUGUACAAAGAGGAAGAAGAGAGCUUCAAGAACUGGUAUGCCAAAACUCCUCUGGGUAAAAAACGUGCCUUGGCGAUAACAGGAGGCAGCACAGAAAAGGCAAAGGACAAAGGGAAAAGGAAAUAAAAGAAAGAGAAAAAGGCAAAAAAGAAAAAGUAAUGCCUUUCUGAAGAACCAUGCUUGAGUCUCUCUGGGAUGGAGAGGACCCCAACUCGCCAAAGAAAAGAUUCACCAUUGCCCACCUGAAGAAGCCCUCAGGGGAAGGAACUUAGCAGUGUGCAGGUGAGCUGAUGCCGCAAACCCGCUAACCACUGCGUGUGCUGUUAUGCCUUUCCCAGGCUGGACACCUAGCUGGGUGUUCAUCAUAACUUUCCACAGCUUUAAUCCACGCCAAGUUUGUAUAUAACUGAAAUUCACUCUUGACACCCUCCACAGUCUUUCCAAGUUGGACUCUUCCUCUCAUCAGUACUAGUUGUCAAAUUUAAAAUGUGACAGUUAAAGAAUAUUCUAGUUUGACAAUUAGUAAGCAAUGAGUAUAUCAUCAGUACACUAGCUUUUUAUUAAUCCAUGUACACUGUAUAGUAUCUUGCAUCUAUUUUAAUAAAUUAAUUAUUUGCUCUAGUAAUAGAUUUUAUAUAAUGAAAUAAAGCUGUUGUCCUUGAA